UCUUGAAAAGUAAUUUCUUUCUAGUAUUCAAUAAUUUAUUCUCUAUAUAUAAUACAGUGAGGAUGUAAGGGUUUCUCAACUACCCAGUGCAAGUAGCUUCUAGUCUUACUCUGAUAUUUCUCUCCUAUAUCAAAAAAUGGGUUUCCUUUGUGCCAGCCUGAAAAAGUCCAUGGCAGUAGAAAUCAUGUCAAAGAAGCUUGUAAAACCAUCAUCACCAACUCCAACUCAGCUUCAAAGUUACAAGUUGUCUUUCUUUGAUCAACUAGCCAUUAGAACGCACGUGCCGAUUGUUUUAAUUUAUCAUAAGCUCAACAAUUCCAUCACUGAUGAACUUCUUGAGGAAUCCUUGUCCGAAACAUUAACCCACGUUUACCCAUCAGCAGGAAGAAUUAACAAAGACCGUCGUGUGGUGGAUUGCCUUGAUCAAGGCGUUGCAUUUAUUAUUGGCAAAGUAAAUUGUCAGGUCGAAGAUUUCCUCGAGCAAGCACGCAAGGAGAUUGACCUUGCAAAUCAUUUUUGGCCUCAAGGAAUCAAAGAUGUGGAUGACAAUUAUGAUUUUGCCAUUACCCCACUUGUGUUUGUGCAAGUCACUAGGUUUGAAUGUGGUGGCUUAGCACUGUCUGUUGCAGCUGAACACAUUACAAUUGAUGGAUUCACCAACAUGAAGUUCAUUUACGAAUGGGCUAAAGUAUGUAGGUUGGGGAUUCCCAGCAUCAAUUUCUUCAACUAUGACUUAGGUGACAUUUUCCCAGCAAGAGAAACGUCGAGAAUCCUCAAACCUCUUGCUUCCCUAGCUAUACCAAAAGACACAAAAACGUAUGUCGCGAAGAGGUUUGUUUUCAAUGAAGCUAGCAUAUCAAAGCUGAGAGACAAAAUUGCAAAUGGAGUUUUGAGUUUUAAGCCUUCAAGAGUUGAGAUGAUCACAGCUCUCUUGUGGAGAGCAUUAAUUCGUGCUUCACAAGCUAAAAAUGGGCGUUUAAGGCCUUCCCUAAUGAGCUUUCCAGUGAACUUACGUGGUAAGGCUAGUGUACCUAAAUUGGCAAAUGCUUUUGGAAAUUUUGCAGUUGAAGUUCCAGUGGUAUUCACACCAAAUGAGACCAACAUGGAAUUCCACAACUUGAUUGCUUUGAUCCGUGAUGCAACGGACAAAACUAUGGUUUUUAGUGCUAAAGCUUCCAAUGAUGAGUUAGUUUCAAUGGCUGCAAAUUUAUACAACAUGACCCAAGAAUGGGAAGCAAAUGAGCAAGUGGACGAAUUCACAUGUUCAAGUUUGUGUAGAUUUCCUAUGAAAGAAGCUGAUUUUGGACUGGGAAAACCAUGUUGGAUGACCUUUGGACUGAGACAAAGUCAAGUGUUUUGGUUGUAUGAUGCAGAUUGUGGAAGUAGUAUCGCUGCCCAAGUGGAUUUGAAUGAAAGCCUAAUGCACUACUUUGAACGUGACCAAGAUCUUAACAGUUUUACCAUUUUGAAUAAUUAAUCAUAUACGUAUCUUGUACAACUUGUUUUUUUCUUUUCUAAAACCAACUAUCCAUAUUUCCAAAUGCACUUAUGUAUGUGAGGAUAUUUUCCCAGUUGUUCCUUCAA